AUGAUCGGUGUUGGCGAGUACAUGUCGAGCACUGCCAAGAGCACACACGUCAGGAACCCCGUGCUCCGAUACGUCCACAAGUCCCUCGCUCACACUAUCUAUGCGAGACGAGACGUUACUGGUGUCACCGAAAAGGAGCUCUUCUUCCUAAAUGAAAGCGUGAAGAAGGUGAUUCACACGUUGCCGGAUGGAACUGAGAUGGUCGGGGACAGAACAGGGAACAGCGUGGCGACGUAUCUUCUCAAGAGCUUCCUCAGCUACAGGGAGUAUGCUCUCUCUCUCAACAAAGUGCACAAGGCAAGUAGUGGACAGCUGAGUUGUGGAGGACUCAUAACGCCGAUCCUCAUGAACUGCAGAAUCACGCUUGAGAAGCCGGUUGACCCUCAGUCGAUAAACAUCCACUAUCUCCGCAAGAGCACCUAUCUUCGAGGUCAACCCAUCAGCGGACGCCACAACUAUCAGUUCGCCUACAGGCAGUUCAACUUCGGGCUUGCGAGUUUCUUCUUGCCAAACCAGCCCUUGACCUACAUCACGGUCAGGGAGAACAUCGACUUCGAACCUCCUAUCGACACGAUUCUUGAACAAGGCCAAGAGGAGGAGGAGUACGAUUAUCCAGGAGCAGCUGAUGCGGAAGAGAGCUCAGGAGACGAGGAGAACCUCAUAGACUACAAAACCGGAGAGGCCUGGAACCAAUUCCAGGACAAAGCGAUCAAGUCCCUCCUCAAGACCGUGAAGAAGAUGGGGAAGCGCAUCAAGCAGCUGACAAAGGGCAAGAGCAAGUCUCCAAGCCACGACUCCGUCAACACCACUCCGAUACACCUCUACUCCAUUCACUCCAACAAUGGCGACGAUGGCGAGAACGUGGUCGCCGACUCCGAAGAAGGUGACGAAGAGGAAAGCCUCAAAGUCACCUCCGGCGAGCACCAAGGAUGA